ACUUUCCUAGUAUCCGAGGGUAAUUGUCUUUCUCUCUCUCUCUCGCUUUACUUUCCCUGUUUUCUCCCAAGUCUCAAGUUUCUUCACAUGAAUCUACUGUUCUUCAAACAGAAUUCUGUCUGAAAACACGUGUUUGAUUUAGAGGAAAACUCUUCUGUUUUGUUUUUGACCCACAUUGUUAGGUUUCCGGUUAACAGAAUUAGCAGGAGAUCAAGAAAAAAACCCACAAUGGGGAGAGGGAGACCCAAGCGGAAGGUAGAUGAAACUGAAGCAGAAGCAGAAGCAGAUGAUGCAGAAGAUUGGUGCUUUGUGUGCAAAGAUGGCGGGAAACUUAUUAUGUGUGAUCGCCAGGGUUGUCUAAAAGCUUAUCAUCCUGGAUGUGUGGGAAAGAAGAAAGCAUCUUUGAAGAACAAAAGCUGGAUCUGCAGUAGACAUUUUUGUUCCAAUUGUGAUGACUCCUCUGAGUAUUAUUGCCUGUGUUGUUGUUAUGCUGUUUGCGGAAUCUGCUUUGAAGAUUCUGAGUUUGCUCCAUUAAAGGAGAAGAAAGGGUUGUGCAAAAAGUGCUUAGAACUAGCUGUACGCGUGGAAAACAAUACAGAAGAUGACCGCAUAGUGAUCAACUCAGAUUCAGACUCAGACUCAAACUCGGAUGAGAUUGAUUCAGAAGAUGAAGAAGAAAGAGAGGAACUCUUGUUCAAAGAGUAUCUAGAAAUAAUAAUGGAGCAAGAAGGAUUAGCAAUUGAUGACUUGCGUAGUGCUCAAUUGAAAAUUGAGCAAUACAACGGUGCCAAAAAAGAGAUGCUUGAAAUAUCAGAUAGCGAAGAUGAGAAUGUGAAAGGAAGCAGUUCAAGGGAGAAAGGUGAACGUGUCAUGGCACGAUGCAAGAAGCAAAAAACAUUAAACAAAGAUAGAAUCCCCCAGCAGAAAAAGGUGUACUUUACUGAAUUCCAGAAGGGUUGUUUGGCAUCUAUAGUUCCUGAAAAUAUCAAACUUGUGUACUUAAGAAGGAGCUUAGUAGAGAAGCUACUAGUGCAGCAGUCUGACAAUUUUGAGGACAAGGUCGUGGGAAGUUUCAUUGGAGUCAAAAGGGAGUCUGGAAAUGGUUCAGGGAGGAAAUCUUACCAUCUUCUGCAGGUUACAGGCAUAAAGAAAAUUGAAGAUGUAGAGAUGAAUAGGGGUGUUUUCCUUCAAGUUUCUGGUAUGGAACCUGAUGUUCUCAUAUCCACGCUGUCUGACGGUGACAUCUCUGAGGAACUGUGUGCGGAUUUGCGUCAGAAAGUGAAAGAUGGUCUGCUCAAAAAACCCACUGUUGAGGAGCUCGAACAGAAGGCAAGAAUUUUGCAUCAGGAUAUAACAAAGGAUUGGAUUGAACGAGAACUGAUCAGAUUACAAAAUGCCAUCAAUUAUGCAAAUGAAAAGGGUCGGAGAGUCACAUAUCCUUUUUCUCGUGCUUUACUUCACAGAUUACUAGACUUAGUAUGUGUUAAUUACUCAUAUUAGGCCUUAACUAUUAAAACUAAUUGGAAGAAAAAUUUAAACAUCUGCUCAUAAUUUUGGUUUUCCUCAUGUGGAUUAGUUGUUGCGAGUGA